AUGCGUCGUCGCGAUGCGCACGCGCGAAGUACCGCCCUCGUCGCCGUGCUGUGCGCAUUCAGCGCGAUGCACACAGAAUUCGUACGGGCAUCUUCAGAUUCAAUCGCUCGCUCUAAAGCGCAGUGCGCGAACGCGCUGGCGACGAACGACCCGCCGUGCGCGCACGGAACGAUCGCUACGACGGUGUCGUCGCCGCAUCCGGAGAACUGUGCGUCGUGCGCGAUCGAUGGGGACGUCGAGAGAGGAUGUCCGAACGGUUGGCGCGGAGCGAAGUGCGACGUGUGCGAACAGCGAGCGACGUGCGAUGCUCGACGAGUGGACGGAGCGAUACGGCGGGCGAGUGCGUGUACGUCGAGAUGCUGGACACCGACGGCGGAGGAGUUGAGGCCGAUCGGGGAGGUUGGGGCAGCGCCGGUCGGGAAGGUGUUUUCGUGCGCGUGCGGCGGCGACGCGCAGACGGACGCGUACUGUAAGUAUCAGGCGAACACAACGAUCGAGAUGCGCGUGAUCGAAAGUGGUUUGGGAGGACGGGCAAAGUACGCGGUGAUGGCACGCGAGUACGCAGGGAUGCCGAGACAAGAUCAGGCUCCAGACCACCCAGACAAGUACAAGUACGCAGCGCCGGCGGUCUGGGACGCAAAUUUCACGCAGUGUUCGCUAACGAUCACGUCGUGUCUGGAGCCGCUCCCUUCCACGGAAACAUGCGCGGUGUACGAGUGCGGCGCGGGAGAGGUGUCUUGCCCGCCGAGUGAUAUCGAGCCGUGUCCCGGGCGAAACGUAUUUGGAUGCGGAUACAUUCCGGGCACCAAGGAAAAGUACUGGCAGCAUCCGUGUAAUCCCUUGGUGACCCCGAGCGAUCGCGGAAUGAAGUUUUGGUGUGGUACCAACAUGACCCGCGCCGACGGCACGAAUGUGUGUUACUGGACCCAAAGCGGGGUGAUUCCGACGUUGGCGUUGACAUGUAGCACUGGUAGCUGUGUUUACGAGAUGGUCGCCGACGGUUCAGACGGCUCAUGUCCGAUACACUUUGAUCCUCCCGUGUACUGGACCGGCGACAUGAUAACGCGUGCAGUUAUGUUUUUGAUAGUAGUCGUCCUGGUCGGCGCCGCUUGGUCGUACAUCAGAGUAGAAGCGGAUCUACGAUACUUUGAUGGACCCGUCGAUGUCAACGACGACGACGACGGCGAAGACGUCGUUGGCGGCGCAGUACAAGCUGUUAGACGGUUUGAGUCGACGAUGCAGCCGCGAGUUGGGCCAUCGUCUGUGUUAAUUUGGCGUGGUAUGUGCGUAGAAGUCAAGGGUAUGCGCAAGAGCAUUUUGAAUGAUGUUUCUGGCAUGGCGGGGCGAACGGAUGACGAUCGCGGCGGUAUGUGCGCGCUCAUGGGCCCCUCUGGAGCUGGAAAGACGACUCUUUUGGAUAGGCUCUCCGGCCGACUUUCGUCGAAGCUCUACAAUAGUACCGGAAGCGUGUACAUUAACGGAAAACUCGCAUCGAUCGAAGAAAUUCGGGCCGCGAGCGGUUACGUCAUCGCCGAAGACGUUCUGCCGGGAACGGCGACAGUUUACGAGCACUUAAUGUUUCACGCGAAACUGCGUCUUCCGCGCGAAACCAGGGCGAGCACGAUUCGCAAGCGUGUGCGAGCUACCAUGCAGAUUCUCGGGAUCGAGAAGCUCGCUGACUCAUUCAUUGGCGAUCAGUUUCAACGCGGCAUUUCUGGUGGGGAAAAGCGCAGAGUCAGUAUUGCGACAGAGCUUCUGAUGAGUCCCGGUAUCAUGUUCUUGGAUGAGCCUACGACUGGGCUCGAUAGUACGAACGCGGCGAAGGUCGUGGACAUCCUAUCAGGACUUGGCGCGAUGGGGACGACGGUGCUGUUGAGUAUCCACCAGCCUCGUCCGGACAUUUUCCGUCUUCUGGACCGCGUGUUGGUUUUGAGUUCCGACGGUAACGUGGUCUACUCCGGGCCGUCUGCGCUCGCUAGUUCACAUUUCCACUCGAUGUCGUUCGUGAGUAUGUCGUCUUCCGAUCUACAUAUCGCAGACUACAUGCUGGACGUCGUGUUGAAGAGUCCGCGAUCGCAAGUGAAGCGCAUGGUGCGGGCAUUUGCGGAGAGUGACAUAGCGGCGUCAAACAAGGUAAUCCACACGCAGCUAUGCGCGCAGAGAUGCAGUGUCUCUCCUACUUUGAUGUCCAUAGAUGGUGACGAUGCGGAUGAUAUCGAAAAGAAGCACACCGCUACGUUCAAGACGCAGGUCAAGCUUCUUUGUGGGCGCCUUUUGCGGCAGAUGUACAGACAUCCUUUCUUGAUUUACGUCCACUUCAUCUCAUCUUUCGUCGUCGCAUGGGGCGUUGGUGGUAUUUUCUGGCAUAGUGGCUCGAACCAAGGAGGAAUUCAAAAUAGAAUGGGAAGUCUGUUCUUCAUAUUGCUGUUUUUGACGUUAAUGUCGCUGUCCUCGCUGCCGGUUUGGAAAGAAGAUCGGCUGCUCUUCAAAAGUGAGCGCGCGAGUCGUGUUUACAGCACAGAUGCUUACUUUGUGAGUAUGCUUCUGUUUGAUUUGCUUCCGAUGCGCGUGCUGCCCCCAUUCUUCUUUGGCUUCUUUUCAUAUGGUAUGAUCGGUCUGAACGAAGGCGGUGAGUGGAAUCUCCUUAAGUUUGUGUUCGUGCUGAUACUCACAAACAUUGUCGCAACGUGUCUCUGUAUGGCUGUCGGUGCUGCAAAUCGAAACGUUGCAGCUGCGAACAUGGUUGCGUCACUCUGCUUCCUGGGUGCUAUUCUUUUCGGUGGAUUUUUGCUGAAUAAGGACCACAUUCCAUGGUACGUCCGCUGGAUUGCAGACUUGAGUUUCAUCAAUCGCGGUUAUGAGGCGCUCAUGGUGAACGAGUUCGUCGACAAUCCCUUGACUUUCACCUUGACAGAAAGUUGGAGUAAUUCAAGCGCCGCGAGCGGUCAGAGGCUUCCAAAUCAAAUUCCAGUUCCCGGUGAAAAGGUUCUGUUCACUUUUGGAUUCCAUCCGUACCUUGCUCCGUGGGACGUCAGUUUUUUAAUCGUUGAAGGGGCGCUGUUCGCCUUCGGUUGCUACAUAUUUCUGAAGGCAACAUCCAAAGACUCGGACGCUUUUGAUGAAAGUGUCGAAAGUUCUGAGGGCACAGAUGAACAAGUGAUUGACCUGCAUGAUGUGUUUGCGGAUGCCGAUGAGGGAUUCUCGAUUCGCGCGGACGAUAGCUUGAUUUCGGAGAACACUGAGGUAAACGCGCUGUUCUCCAGCGCUCUAGACGAUGACGAUAUUUCUGAAUCUCUCAUCAUUGAGCGAGACGACGAACGAGUCGCGUAUAUCUUAUCUUGGAUCGACGUUGUUUGCACGUUAAAAUCGGGUCGUCGCGUUUUAAAGAACGUUACCGGCGUGGCUGGCCCCGUGAAUUUCAUUGCCGCACCACGCGACGGGCCGAUGACGCGUCUGGAACAACACGCCGAUCUUUUUGCCAUUCUUGGACCAUCCGGAGCUGGUAAGACAACUUUGCUCGACAUUCUUGCGGGAAGAGCACCUCGGACGCAUAUCAUACGAGGUGACAUUCGCAUUAACGGUCAACCAAUUGUCUCCUCACAAAUUCGGCGCUUGAGUGGAUACGUUACGCAAGACGAUGUGUUGCCUGGAAGCGCGACAGUUUACGAGCACUUAAUGUUUCACGCGAAGCUACGACUUCCGGGUAAUACGGCGGAUACGGACGUUCGCAAGCGUGUUGAGUCUACCAUGCAGAUUCUCGGGAUCGAGAAGCUCGCUGACUCAUUCAUUGGCGAUCAGUUUCAACGCGGCAUUUCUGGUGGGGAAAAGCGCAGAGUCAGUAUUGCGACAGAGCUUCUGAUGAGUCCCGGUAUCAUGUUCUUGGAUGAGCCUACGACUGGGCUCGAUAGUACGAACGCGGCGAAGGUCGUGGACAUCCUAUCAGGACUUGGCGCGAUGGGGACGACGGUGCUGUUGAGUAUCCACCAGCCUCGUCCGGACAUUUUCCGUCUUCUGGACCGCGUGUUGGUUUUGAGUUCCGACGGUAACGUGGUCUACUCCGGGCCGUCUGCGCUCGCUAGUUCACAUUUCCACUCGAUGUCGUUCGUGAGUAUGUCGUCUUCCGAUCUACAUAUCGCAGACUACAUGCUGGACGUCGUGUUGAAGAGUCCGCGAUCGCAAGUGAAGCGCAUGGUGCGGGCAUUUGCGGAGAGUGAUAUAGCGGCGAGCGCGUUGCUAAUCGCCGAUACUCUGACGAUUCGGUACGAGGAUUCUGAGAGCGAGCCGUUGAUAGUUCCAAAAUACGUCAGCUCAUACGCCAAGCAAGUUUGCCUGUUGACUCAAAGAAUCGCAAGUAUGACCUCCCGGCAUCCUUUCUUGCUGAUGCUGCACUUCGCGUCUACGGCUGCGUCUUCUUUUGCUCUCGGCAUCAUCUUCUGGAACUCUGGUCGAGACACCGGCGGGAUACAGAACCGCAUGGGUGCUCUGUUCUUCAUGAUUUUGUACCUUACUUUGAUGUCUUUAUCAUCCUUACCUAUAUGGAAGGAGGAUCAAGUACUGUUCCGUCGCGAGCGAGCGAGCGGAGUCUACGGUACAAAUGCGUACUUCACGGCCGUGAUUCUAUUCGACAUCGCCGUUUUACGAGUGAUUCCACCGUUAUUCUUCUCGAGUGUCACGUACUGGAUGAUGGGCCUUCACGCCACUCUCAUAAACGCGCUGUUCUGCGCAAUAGUGUUGAUCAUGACAAAUGUCGCCGCCGCUGCGCUUUGCAUGUGCGUGGGUAUUAUCAGCCCGAGCAACGCAUCCGCGAACGUGAUCGGCCUGCUAGCACUCUUAGUAUCCAUUCUAUGUGGUGGAUUCUUGCUUAAUAAGCAAGAUCCACACUCUGGAGGUUCCGUUGCCGUGACUUGGCUUGAGGAGUUGUCCUUCGUCAAUUACGCUUUUGAAGCGUUGUUGAUAAACGAGUUUCUUAACGCAGGAACGUUUUACUUCACGCCAAAACUCGUCGAUUCCAAGACGAGUCACAUGCCGGCGACCGAUGGAGGCAACCCUAUCAGGGUCCCCGUCGAUGGAAAAGAAGUUCUUAAAUUCUUCAGCUUCGGAGCGACACAAGACGUGAUGUUGUAUGAUAUGACCGUCCUCGCGGUCAUGGUCGUGGGCUACCUGUGGCUCGCGUUUGUUCUCUUAAAGGUGUCUCAGCGAGACGCCAUGUACUAG